CCGCCUCCCGCCCGUUUGCUGCUGCCGCAGCUUUGUUGAAGACACGGACGCCACUAAGUUGUAAAAGCCAGUCAGACCCCAUCACAUUUGGCUUCCCUCCGCCCAAACGUGCUGCUUAACCUAAUCUUGAACAAUUACCGCUUUACCCAGCAAUCGUUCUUGGAUACCAAGAGAAUUCUUCACAAGCUGCAUUUCCAAGAAUAAUAAGUUCCACUCGACUUGACGAGCUCAAGCUUUAUUGUAGCCUUUCGACUUGACGAUAUCCGAUUCCUCCGCCUUUAACCAACAGAAACCACACAGCCUCGCCCAACAUGGAGAAGAUACAACUCCUCCUUCGAGCCAUCCAGCUCCUCUUUAUCAUCAUCCUCACCGGCCUGAUCGGCAACGUCAUCGCGAGCAACAUAAAUGCGGCAGGAACGGCCACAGCCGCGAUCAACUUCUCCAUGUUCGUCAUCGUCCUCUCCUGGCUGGUCGCCCUGCUGGGCCUGGCGACGAGCAUGGUAGAGCGGAUCCGCCUGCCGGUGCUGGUGUUACUCGGCGCCGACGCGCUCGCCACGCUCUUCACCUUCAUCGAUGCCAUCGUGCUGUCCGCCAAGCUGCGGGCUGUCAGCUGCGCCAACACUGAGGGCCACCCGGGCGAUUGGAUCGCCUACGGCAGCGCCAACGACGAGAAGCGGUGCCGCGAGGUGCAGGCGAGCACCGUGUUUAUGUGGUUCCUGUUCGCCACGUUUACGGCCGCGCUCGUGCUGAGCCUCCUUGGAUUCCGUCGCGGCGGCGGAAGUAUCAGGUCGUCGGGCCCGACUAUGUCUCAGGUUAGGGUAUGAGGCUGGUUGGCUCGGAGAUGAGUAUAUGGUUGAUCAUGGGUAUGGGUGAGUGUUUGGCUAUCAGGUAUGGAUACGAAGAUCAAAGAUAAUGGGGACACAAGUUGCCCCUAGGAUGUGUAUGAUGGGCUAUGACAUGAAGUUAUGGAUUUCUUAUGAUGGCACCGACGACAAUCAAACAAGUCGUUUAACGGGAUAUAUGGCUAGGACGAAUGGUUUGGCCGGGCAUGAUACGGAUCCAUGGAUAGGAUCCACGGACGGGGCUUCUGUAGGAUUACCAUACCCCUAUUGUAUUUUGCCAACCCCAUGUUUCCUCCUUGCCUAAGCCUCUUCGUGCCGACACAGACAAUAACCAUCCAAUGGGCUGUAUAUUUGUUGUGAGAAAUCAGAAUGCUCAAUGUACCGAACCCAGAUCCGGAACGCCGCGACCGCGAUGAUGAGUGCCGCCCUUAUGGACACAACC